AUGAUGCCUGACCCCGACGUUCAAGGCCUCGACCCAGCUAUUGUGACUGCCCUCAACCGUGUGCAGACUGUUGUGACCAUGGGCCGUCUGUUGCGCGACCACCGUACGGUUGGUCUCAAGACGCCCCUCAGGCGUAUUCGGGUGAUUGCGGAGGACCAGUCUUACCUUGAUGAUAUUCACAGGCUGGAAAACUACGUCAAGGACGAGUUGAAUGUGAUGAGCUUGGAGACAUCCGCGGACACUAGCAUGCUGGCCACUGAGGUCGCGCCCAACUUCCGAGCUCUCGGUGGUCUGGUAGGGAAGCAGAUGAAGAAGGUUGUCGCUGAUAUUAAAGCUAUGACCCCAGACCAGAUUAAGGAGUUCCAGAAGACUAACUCGAUCGAGAUUCAAGGCUUUGAGCUCACCCCUGAAUAUAUCACCGUGACUCAUACCAUCAAGGACCUUGGUGAUCCCAACCUCGAAGCCACUAGUCAGGGCGACGUCACUGUUAUACUGGACUUCACCAAGGAUGAGGACCUCCUUCAGCUAGCCUUGGCCAGGGAGAUCACCAACAGAGUGCAGAAGCUUCGUAAAGAGGUAGGCUUACAGCAGGACGAUCCGGUUGAGAUGUGGGCCAGCUCUACUGUGAAGGAGGUGACGGAGGUUCUGGAAAAGAAGUCGGAUUAUAUCGACCGUCUGUUGAGGAGGCCUUUGAUGAACGCUAAGGAUCUGCAGGGCCACGAGGUGACGAUAGUGCAAGAGAAGUUCGAUAUCGAUAAAGAGAACUCGGUGACUGUGAGUAUCACUCGUAUGGGACCUCACUUCAACAUGAAGGAGUUGGACACUUUAAGUGGUGGCAAUAAGGAGGUGCAAGAAAUGCUGAAGCAAUACGUGAUGUCGCAUUCAACGGCUGAGCUCGUUGAUGGUGUGGAGCCCCUCUGUUUGAAUGGGAAAUCUUACGCUUUGAAAAACGGUGUCCACUAUAGUGCCAACGGCGUGGCUGCGGUUUCCUGGGGCGCGUAAAUGGCGAGGAGGAUGUAGAAUUAUUACGUGUAUUAGUUCCUCAUGAGGAAGAGUAGUAACGGUUAAACCACUGUUGUUAUCAUUAACAGCCUUACAUCGUCGAUGCCUGAGUAUAUGCCUCCUUUCGUUUCUUC